AUGGCUGACGGCAAAGAACAACUGACGGCAAAUCCAUACUUUGCCGUCUGUAAAGAAACACAGAUGGGCGCCCCCACCCGCAUCCAUUUCUCACCACGCACGCCCCACCCACCCAUCCCACCAAUCCCUCUCUCCCUUAUCCCUAAGCCCCACCACAAUCUCUCUCCCACGCCAGACCCCAUCUCUCCCUCAAUCCCUUCUCUGCCGCACACACUCCGCCUGGUCCCCUGCUCGUCAACCUCCGUCGGUCGACCCGCCUCACCGUCGCUUGAGCAGAGGCCGGCGCGGGAUCUCCCUCCUCCUCCCCUGCUCAUCAACCGCCACCGCUCGACCCCGCCUCUCCCUAGCGUAAGCCGAAGGCCAACGCGGGAUCUUCCUCGUCCUCCACGCCCGCGACCCGGCGCCUUCUCCUCCUCCCUUGCUCCUCAACCGCCGCUGGUCGACCCCGCCUCGCCGGCGCGGGAGCCUCCUCCUGUGCUCGUCAACCUCCGCCGCCCUUCCACACGGCAGGUCCUAUGGCAUGCGGAGGGCGCCGUGGCCGGCGACGAUGGCGCCGUGGCCGGCGACGAUGGCGCCGUCGAUGAGCAUCCCAGAGAUGAUGAGCGACGCGACGGGCAUGAAGAAGAAGGCCCAGGGGCUGCUCUCCUUCCUCGUGGCACCCGGAUCAGGUUUGAGGCGGCGGGCGACGAGAUCUGGGGCUCCAUGGCGCCAUGGUCAACUCUGCCAGAAGACCACCAUUCACCUCCUCUAGCUCGACGACCGUGAUCGGAUCUGGAUGCUGGCAAGGGCCAGUUCGUCCGUUUUGUAAUCGUUUUGUUGUUGUUUGGUUUGUUCGUUUUUCAUAUAAAUGGAGAACAUUAUAUUGUGUAACUACUGUGAUGAUGGAUAUAGUAUGUAAAUAGAAUAUUUCUGUCUUGUAAAAAUCCGUUCAUUCGUCAUUGCUAUGAAAGAUUUUCCAUAUGCCUUCAUCCAUC